AUGCUCGCUACCUCUAGGCUCUGGCAAACGCAAUCUCGACACUUACUCCGUCGUCCGUCGCCUCUGCCAGUCCGAGCGAACCUUAGCACCUUAGCUGUCCGAAAGACACCUUCCAUCAGUGCCAGCGCAUCCCGCCUCUCGCAACCGCAACACCAGCGCCGCGUCCCCUCUCUCCGCCGCACUCUUUGCCUCUGCUGCCGCAUCGAUUCCGUUAACGGCAUGUCGACUGCAGUCUCUGGAGGCGCUGCCUCCUCUCCCGCCAAGGGGGACGAGUACCGCCUGCCUACCUCUGUGGCUCCUACGCACUACGAGCUGGCGUUCAAGACGGACCUCGAGUCCUCUCCCCCCUCCUUCCUGGGUGAGGCCAUGAUCGACCUCGACGUCAAGGAGGACGUGAAGCAGAUCGUCUUCAACAUCAACCCCGACCUCAAGGUCACCAACAUUGCGAUCAAGAACCUGGACCAGAAGACCUCUACCGCGCUCAGCAUCCCCCUCAAGGCGUUCAGCAUCGACAAGGACCAGGAGCGCGGCAAGGUCGACGUCUCCUCCCUGCCCGGAGGCGGCCUCACUGCCGGCUCGAAGGCCAAGCUCUUCGUGCGCUGGGAGGCCGAACUCGGCGACAACAUGAUGGGCUAUUACAAGUCCGAGGGCGACGCCGACGCCAACGGCAAGAAGCCCAUCUACGCCCUCACCCAGUUCGAGCCCACCGCCGCCCGCCGCGCGUUCCCCUCCUGGGACGAGCCCCUCCUCAAGUCCAAGUUCACCGUCAGCAUGAUCGCGAAGGAGGGCAACACCGUCCUCGCCAACAUGCCUGCCGUCUCGACCAAGCCUUGGAAGCCUGCCUCGAACGUCACCGCCGAGUCGCCCCUUAAGGACGGGUACGAGAUCGGCUCCCUCCUCACCAACGUCUACGCUCUCGGCAAGACCGAGGGCAAGACUGAGGGCAAGACUGAGGGAAAGACCGAGGGCAAGACUGAGAAGGGCAAGACUGAGGGCAAGACCGAGAAGGGCAAGACGGAGGGUAAGACUGAGGGCAAGACCGAAGGCAAGACUGAGGGUCUUCCCAAGUCUAAGACUGAGGGCAAGACGGAGGGUAAGACCGAGGGUCUCCCCAAGCAGAAGACUGAGGGCAAGACGGAGGGAAAGACGGAGGGAAAGACUGAGGACGGAGGGCAAGACCGAGAAGGGAGAUCGGAGACCGAGAAGGGCAAGACGGAGGGCAAGACGGAGGGCAAGACCGAGUCCUCCAAGUCGGACAACUGGCAGAUCACCAAGUUCGAGACCACGCCCCUCGUCUCGACCUACCUUGUCGCCUUCGCUUGUGGCGAGUUCAAGUUCCUCGAGAGCGAGUUCAAGUCCAAGCUCACCGGCAAGACUGUCCCUCUGCGCAUCUACACCACGCCCAACGAGAUCGGCCAGGCCCAGUUCGGCCUCGACAUCAAGAAGUGGGCUCUCCCCAUCUACGAGGAGGUCUUCGACAUCCCCUACCCCCUGCCCAAGCUCGACACUCUCGUCGCCCACGACUUUGACGCCGGCGCCAUGGAGAACUGGGGUCUCAUCACCGGUCGCACCACCGCGUACCUUUACGACGAGAAGAAGUCCUCCCUCUCCGCCAAGAAGCGCGUCGCUACCGUUCAGUGCCACGAGCUCGCCCACAUGUGGUUCGGUGACAUCGUGAUCUGGCCAGAGUGGAAGGUUAGGCAGGAAUUCGUCGGCGGACACCUUGUCAGCGCUCUGGGCCUCGAUUCGCAGCGUUCUUCACACCCCAUCGAGGUUGACUGCCCCGACGCGAACCAGAUCAACCAGAUCUUCGACUCUAUCUCUUACUCGAAGGGCGCUUCGGUCCUCCGCAUGCUCUCGUCGGUCGUUGGAGAGGAGACUUUCCUCAAGGGUGUCUCUCUCUACCUGAAGAAGCACCUCUACUCCAACGCCGUUACCGCCGAUCUCUGGGCCGGAAUCUCUGAGGCUUCGGGCAUGGACGUCUCCAAGGUCAUGGCCAACUGGACCCUCAAGGUCGGAUUCCCCAUGAUCUCGGUCGAGGAGCCCGGAGACGGCACCAUCAAGCUCACCCAGAACCGCUUCCUGUCCACCGGCGACGUCAAGCCCGAGGAGGACGAGACCAUCUGGUGGGUCCCCCUCCAGGUCAAGACCGUUGGUUCGGACGGCAAGGUCUCGACGGACGCCAAGGCGUUCCUCGAGGGCCGCUCGACGACGUACGAUCUCAAGGGUUCCGAUUCGUUCAAGCUGAACGGCGACUCGAUCGGUGUCUACCGCGUCAAGUACACGCCCGAGCGUCUCGCCAAGCUCGGCCAGCAGGCGCAGUCCUUCUCGGUCGAGGACCGUGUCGGCCUCAUCGGCGACGCGGCCACGAUCGCGCGCGCGGGCUACGCCAAGACCUCUGGCUCGCUCAACCUCAUCAACGAGCUCGCCGAGACCGAGAAGGAGUACCUGCCGCUCGACCAGAUCAACCUCGCGCUUGGCAAGCUGAACGCGACGUGGUGGGAGCAGCCGAAGGAGGUGCGCGAUGCGAUCAACGCGCUGCGCAUCAAGGUGUUCAAGCCCGUGGUCGAGCGCCUGGGCUACGACCACAAGGAGAACGACGCGCCCGACGUCAAGGAGCUGCGCACGCUUGCGAUCUCGACGUGCGCCGGUGCCGAGGACGCCGACGUCCUCGCCGAGCUCAAGGCGCGCUUCCAGCCCUUCCUUGAGAACAACGACGACUCGCGCAUCCCCCCCGACCUCCAGCGCAUCACGUACAGCGUCGCGGUCAAGCACGGCGGCGAGACCGAGUACAACAAGAUUCGCGCCGUGUACGACAAGCCCCCCACGCCCCACACCAAGGUCGACGCCCUCUUCGCCCUCGGCGUGCCCAAGGACCAGAAGCUCAUCGACCGCACCUUUGCCAUGUUCACCGACGGAUCCCUCAAGAGCCAGGACUAUUACAUUGCCUUUUUCGCGCUCGCCUCCAACCGCGAGUCCCGCCGCCAGAUCGGCGACUACUUCAUGGAGAACUUUGACAGGUUCGACAAGGAGUUCUCGGCCUCGUUCGGUAUCGCGCACCUCAUCAAGGGUGCCUUCGGCUCGCUCACCUCCAAGGAGGACCUUGCCAAGAUCAAGAAGUUCUUCGACGGCAGGGUAGACAUCUCGCGUUACAAGCUCUCGGUCCACCAGGUCUACGACACGAUCCAGGCCGCGUCGGACUGGCUCGAGCGUGAUCAGCAGGACGUCGAGCAGUGGCUCAAGCAGAACAAGUUCCUCUAA